UUAUAAAAUUCCAAAAAAAAUCAAAACAUUUUUGAUCAAAUUUGACUUAAUCUGCACAAUGAUGAUGAGUCGCUACGGAGCCAAGGUAAUGGUAACUACUGGACCAAGGCUCUUCUCUUCCAGUGCCGUGUCUCCCAACCAUCUUUUGAAUUCUAGGGUUCCGGCGAGAGAGUUCAGCAAGAUGACAUUUGAGAAAAAGAAGAAAACGGAGGAUAACCAAUGGGAGAAAGGUUCAAGUGGUGGCAAGGGUGAUCAAGGGAACAAAGGGGAGCAAUUAAUCGUUAGCUAUUGGGGAGUGAAGCCUAUGAAAAUCACCAAAGAUGAUGGAACUGAAUGGAAAUGGAGCUGCUUUCGGCCAUGGGAGACGUAUAAAGCAGAUCUGACAAUAGAUUUGAAGAAGCAUCAUGUUCCAUCGACUUUACCGGACAAAUUAGCUUACUGGACGGUUAAAUCUCUCCGAUGGCCUACCGAUUUGUUCUUCCAGAGGCGGUACGGAUGCCGAGCGAUGAUGUUGGAAACGGUAGCAGCGGUUCCAGGAAUGGUCGGAGGAAUGUUAGUACACUGCAAAUCGCUGAGGCGGUUUGAACAAAGCGGCGGUUGGAUCAAAGCACUCCUUGAAGAAGCAGAGAACGAGAGAAUGCACUUGAUGACAUUCAUGGAAGUCGCAAAACCCAAUUGGUACGAACGUGCCCUCGUGAUCGCCGUUCAAGGCGUUUUCUUCAACGCAUAUUUCCUCGGAUACAUAAUCUCGCCCAAGUUUGCUCACCGUAUGGUUGGAUACCUUGAGGAAGAAGCAAUCCACUCUUACACUGAAUUCCUCAAGGAACUUGAUAAUGGUAACAUCGAAAACGUUCCUGCACCAGCCAUAGCCAUUGAUUACUGGAGGCUCCCUGCUGAUGCAACGCUUCGUGAUGUUGUCAUGGUGGUUCGUGCUGAUGAAGCACAUCACCGUGACGUUAACCAUUAUGCAUCCGAUAUUCAUUACCAAGGUCGUGAACUUAAGGAAGCUCCAGCUCCAAUUGGAUAUCAUUGAAUUUAUUUUUAUCUUAUUGAAUAAGAAAAGAGUUUUUUUUUUGUUCUUUAACGCUUUUGAGCUUCGUAUUUUUACUAUAUAUAAAUAUUCAGUCUCCAAUUUAGUUUAUUCGUUUCUGACGUCUAUCUUAUUAUUUGCGAAGUAAAAUUUUGGAAUCGAGCUCUCACGUUAAAAGUUAGAGUGGUUAAUAACGUUUAUAUCUUAAAUGACUAAAAAGGGAUUACAAGUGAUUUUAAAUGACUUUGUACAAAUCAUGUAUUGAAUAACUUCUGAUUUGGAAAAUAAUUUAAAUAAUUGAUUGAAUAACAAAUUAAGACAACAAAAAAAAUAACAAAUUAACAAGAGAACUAGAUUUUGACCCGCGCUUAAGAAGCGCGGGUUUGAGGUUUUUAAUCUUUAAUAAAUUUUAAAUCUAGUAUAAUUUUUUUUGUUUCACAUUAUAACUAUUGACUUUUAAUGUUUUUAUUAUUCAUUAUUUUUUAUAGUGUGAGAUUAAACAAUUCAUUAUUUUUUAUAGUGUGAGAUUUGUUUGAAAUAGAUUUAAAGAUCAUAUGUAUGUUUUUAAUAGUAAAGAUAUUCAUUAUUAAAAAUAUAUAUUUUAAUUAUUGAACUGUAUUAACCAAUAUUUUGAAAAUCUGAUUGGACCGUACGAUCGAACCAGUCGGUUUCUGACUCGCUCUUCUAACUGGUUCUGAGUUGUGCUAAAAACCGAAUUUGAGUUAAAUCAGACCUAGUUCAAUAUUAAAACCCACUUUUCGCAAAUUCAAGUUCAAAAAUAAAAAAAUGCAAAUUUUAAUAAGAUUUCAUCAAAAUUUAAUAUUGUUUUCUACUACAUAUAUAAAUAAAUUAGUUUUAAAAUGGGACAUUAAUAUUUAAAAAUAUGUACAUUAAUAUUAAUCUGUUUGUUAUGACUAUUUCCUUAAGUUAUUUUCUGUAUUAAGAAAAUAAUAAUAAAAUCUUUAGGUAAAAUAUCGUUGUUAGCUACAAUAUCACUUUUUGUACAUUAAGGAAAUUAUGAGUUGAUAUAUGGAAUAUUACUUUGGCUUAAAAAUAGACUGAAUUAUAUGGUGUUAGUCUAACUAAUAGGUCCAAACAACCUUGCAUAAGUAGAUUUUUUAAUAGUAUAGAUUUUAACAAAAUCUCCUAAAACUCAUUCAAUACACCUGCUUGUGUUUAUUUGAGACUGGGCCUAGACCCAUUUGUAAAAACUGAAACCUUCCCGUUUGGGCCUUUUAAUAUAAAGAUUGACCGACCAUAAAAAAUCGACUUUUCUCUAUAUAUAUAUUAUUCUGGUCAGAUAGAAUAAAAAUAAAAGUCUGCGUUGAUAUCGAGAAAUCGAGAGGCUAGGGUUUGUGAUUCCAAGAGCAAAAGAUGAUCGAGGUGGUGCUGAACGACCGUCUGGGGAAGAAAGUAAGGGUCAAGUGCAACGAAGAUGACACGAUCGGCGAUCUGAAGAAGCUCGUGGCGGCUCAGACCGGAACGCGAGCGGAGAAGAUUCGAAUCCAGAAGUGGUACAACAUCUACAAGGAUCAUAUCACUCUCAAGGACUACGAGAUCCACGACGGCAUGGGCCUCGAGCUCUACUACAAUUAAGGCGAACCGGAGGUGCUGAGCAAAGGAGAGCAAGUGAAUGUUGUUGAUUUGCACACCACCCCCAAUUAAAUAAAAAAACAAAAGUAUUGUCUGUAAAAUUGGCUAAUUGGUUUCUGAUUAUGUAUUAUGCUUUCGUAAACUAAAAUCAAAUGUGUGGUAAUAAGCUACUCUUUCAACUUUUGUCUACGGUACUUUAAGAAGUCUCUUGGUGUUUUCCCCA